AUGCAGAUGGUCUCAUGCUCUGCAUCUGAAACGCUAGGAAAGUCCACCAAUGCCGAUCUUCACGUGCUUCUCGAAACUAGGGUCAACUACCACGUAAUCGCCUUGCAGAAAACAAAGUCCAGGAAGACGAACUUGAAGCAGCUGAGUGAUGACAUACUCAUCAUUCUUGGUGAGAAAGUUCCAUCACGGAACGUUAGAGGCCGGAUUUACCCAUCUGUUGUCUAUCUUGUCGAUUUGCAUGAGAUUCUAUCAACUCGCCUAGCUAUCCUUCGACUUCCUCUGUAUCGAAAACCAUCACUAUCAUUCACUGUUAUUCUCCAACACAAAAGCUGA